UCUGCUAUCCACCUUGGCUUCUCUCUCUCUCUCCCUUGGAAACUGAAGCUGAAACUAUGAAGCAAAGCUUUCACUUUCACUCUCAUCUCCUCCUCUUUCUCUUCCUUGUUCUUGUCUUCUCCCGUUCAGCAGUAGCAGCAGCUCGUCCUUUAACAGCAAAACAUGGUAAGAUGGUUGCAGAGAUGGUAAAGGUUGAUAAUAAGCUUGUUCAGAGUGGUGUUCUGGAAACAGAAGAAGUGGAUGAUGAUUCAUGGAAAAAUCUGAUGGGGAUGGAAGAUUGUGGUAAUGGAGAUGAAGCAUGUCUGAAGAGAAGGAUGGUUGCAGAAGCCCACUUGGAUUACAUUUACACCCAGCAUCAUAAACCUUAGAUUAUGAUAUUUCAGAACAAAGAAUGAAGAAAUAGUGAUAAUAUCAUAGCUUCCCUU